AUGGCGGCCGCUGUGGACCACCUCCUUCCCCAGGACUUGUCUAAGCUGGACAUCGCCAAGCUGACUCCUUUGUCUCCAGAGGUCAUAAGCCGGCAGGCAACGAUAAACUUCGGUACCAUUGGUCACGUGGCCCACGGAAAGUCGACGGUGGUGCGGGCGGUUUCGGGUGUACAGACAGUCCGCUUCAAGCACGAAAAAGAAAGAAAUAUCACCAUUAAAUUAGGCUACGCCAACGCAAAGAUAUACAAAUGCACAAACCCUGAUUGCCCCCCCCCUGAGUGUUACCGCUCGUACGGCUCCUCAAAGGAAGAUGAUCCCCCCUGCUUGCGGCCGGGCUGUGGAGCCAAGAUGAAGCUUAUGCGGUGA